UUUUGGGAGGCGAAGAGGUAAUCUCAGAACCACACAAGUGGCUGGUUUUUCAACCGCCAAUAAAAACAAAGAAGAAGAAAUUGUGGAAAAAACGGUCGUUUUUGGAGUACUUACUUGCUAGUACGAACUUAAGGCACUUUGCUUCGUGUAGUGAUUUAUUGACCGUAAUGCAGACAGAGUCGUUUAACACAAGUGGGGUGGUUUUUAAACAACUACAAGAAGUAAUUCGGAUACAGCAGCAAAUUAUUUUAAGUUUGAACGAGAAGGAAGAAAGACAUCAGCACGACUGGACAAGGCAGCGUCUGUCCCAGGAAUCAGAAAAGCUCAAUUUUGCCACUGGAGAAAUACAGAUUCUCACCCGAAAACUGGAAAGGGAGAAGGAAUCAUUUGAAAAGGCGCUUCACAGUGAGAAAACUAAAGCAAGGAAGGAAUUGGCUAAAAGCAACAAAUUGAAUACCAAGUGUGCUCGUAUCAACUCAAUCAUUCAAAAGCGUGAGGACAUUCUUAACGAGAAGGAGAAUCAAAUCAGCGAGCUGCACACCAAGCUGGAGAAACAGAGAGUAACUCUGAAGACGCGGCUGACGGACCUGGAGGUCCAGAGGCAGCAGAAGGAGUACUUGGCUCGGGUUCUGCAGAGGAGCGGCCGGACCGGGCCAGAACCGGACGCCGUAGCAACACUACCCAGCCCGGGGGGGAAGGCAUCAAAGGGCUCGGGGUUUGCCACUGGAGAGAGUGGCCAGUUGUGUAUUUAGGGACAGCAGCACUGCAAACGUGAUGCAUUUUGGACCGUUGUGAAAUACAUGUAUUCUCAAUCAGCAUUGCACUGAAGAAUCAAAUGAAGCAAGAACGAAUUAAGUGUUCAUCCAAGCAUGUUGUGCAUUUUUAUUAAAUUAUUC